CAGAAAUGUUCUUAUUACUCUUCUAUAGCUUAAUUUUAUGACAAAACUACUGAAAUAUUAUUAACAUUAUUAGUAUUUAACGACAUGGACUCUUGGAACUGCUGUAGAGCAUGCCUAGGAGUGGAGGCUUUGCAUCCAAUAUUUCAAAUGAUAGAUCAUCAUGACAAGUAUACAGAUGUUAUUUAUUCAGCUACUGGUCUUAAGGUAGAAUACAACGACGCAUUACCACAAAAAAUGUGCACCUCAUGCAUAAACUUCAUCAACACAUCCUACAAAUUCAGGAAAAAAUGUGAAGAAAAUCAAAAAUCAUUAAUUAGCCGCCUCAAUGAGAAACCACAAUAUGAAAUUAAAAUAGAAACAAAUAUAUUUGAUAUAGAAAAUAAUGGAAAUGUAUCUAUAGACAUAUCUGACUUAAUAAACUAUAUAGACGUACAUGUGGAAGCCGUUGCUAGUUAUACUUAUAUGGACGGUAUUGAAAGCAAUGAUAUAGAAUUUGAGACAAAAGUCGAAGAUCUGGUCGACAAACCUGUAGAAUUAAUUUUUAAAAGUAAAAAGAUUAAAAACUGUAAAGAGAAACCUGUUAAACGGAGUUUGCGGAAGAAGAAAGAGAAUGGAGAAAAGAAAGAGAGAUGCAAAGAGGAGAUUGAGUGUGAAUACUGCCAUAAGAUACUAACUUCUAAGCUUUCUUUACGUAAUCAUUAUAAAAUACAUACCGGAUUUGAUGUUGUUUGUGAACAUUGUGGCAAAAAGUUUAUAACAAGAAGACUGCUACUGAUGCACUGCAGAGCCAAACACGGUUAUGAGAAGACAGACAAGUGUUCCUUCUGUGAUUACAAGGCUUCUAAUGCUGAACAAGUGAAGAUCCAUGAGCGUCUCCACACGGGUGAGAAGCCGUUCGUGUGCGCGGAGUGCGGCGCCGGCUUCCAUCGCAAGAGCAGCUACCUGCAGCACGUCGCCAUACAUCUGCCGGAGAAGAAUGUGCAGUGUGACCAAUGCCCUGCCCGUUUCAAGUCAGUAACGCUAAUGCGUAUCCACAAGAACCGUCACCGCGCCGCCACGCACGCGUUCCGCUGCGGCGUGUGCGACAACACGUUCGUGCGGCGCCGCAACGUGCUGCGGCACCUCGCGCGCAUCCACCACCUGCCGCCAGACCCGCUGCACGUGCGCAGAGUCGAUAUUGCGUGAUGACAAGUCGCUAAAAGUG